GACGGUCAGCAUGUCGCUGCUGGACCUGUGGCUGUCCCGCUCCGUCCCCACCUGCCUGCUGCUGCAGAGUCUCCUACUGAUAGGCUUUUGCUUCCCCUCCGCCGACACCUGCCCCAAGGGCUGCGCCUGCGUGCGCGGCGACGGCCUCAACGUCACCUGCAGCCACGCCCAGCUGCGGGCCAUCCCGGGCGACCUGCCGCCCGACACCGUGCUGCUGCGGCUCGACCACAACCAGAUCAGCGCCAUCCCGCCCGGCGCCUUCCGCGGCCUGGUGCGGCUCCGCGAGCUCAACCUGUCGCACAACGCGGUGGAGACGGUGGGCGAGAGCGCCCUCCGGGGGGUGGAGUCCACGCUGCGGACGCUGGACCUCUCCCACAACCGCAUCAGCAGCGUGCACCGCGACGCUUUCGCCCGGCUCAAGGCCCGCGUGCACAUUGGCGACAACCCCUGGCACUGUGACUGCGCGCUACAACAGGCGCUCCGCGUCAUGGCGUACAACCACGAAGCCGCCGGCCGCGUGCUGUGCCACAGCUCCCCGCUGCGCGACCACCAGGAGGGCCGGCCCUUCCUCGCCAUGGACGCCGACCUCUGCAACCUGGCCAAGCGCACCACCGACUACGCCAUGCUGGUCACCAUGUUCGGCUGGUUCGCCAUGGUCAUCUCCUACGUGGUGUACUACGUGCGGCAGAACCAGGAGGACGCCCGCCGCCACCUGGAGUACCUCAAGUCGCUGCCGAGCAAGGCGCCCGCUAAGCCGGACGAGGCCGACGACAUCAGCACUGUGGUAUGACAUCACACGGGCGGCGGCGUGACGGCGGCGUGGUCCCGCCCCCCCC